GAUAGUUGUAUAAAGUACAUACCUCCGCCACAUCCACCGCCGCCGAGCAGGCCGCCAAAUAAACCGCCAAAAAGUCCUCCGCCGCCACCACAACAGCAGCAACAGCCGCAACAUCUGUUACCCCCGCCACCAAGAAGCCCCCAAAAGAUCGAUUGUGAUGGAGACAUACCAGAAACUAGUCCUGAAAAAACGGAGCCAGAAGUCACGAUGGCGUCAUCUAAAGCAUGGUAUCACCAAAGAAGUGCAUAA